AAGUUAAAACCUAACCUAAAAAAACCCUAGAAGCAGCAGAAGGCAAACCGCAAGGCAACGCACUCUUCCGCCUGCAUAGCCGUCUCUGCUCGUACCGGAUCAACAUGAAGUUCAACAUUGCUAACCCUACUACGGGAUGCCAAAAGAAGCUGGAAAUUGACGAUGACCAAAAGCUUCGUGCUUUUUUUGAUAAGAGAAUUUCGCAAGAGGUCAGCGGAGAUGCUCUUGGGGAGGAAUUCAAUGGCUAUGUUUUCAAAAUUAUGGGAGGUUGUGACAAGCAAGGUUUCCCCAUGAAGCAGGGAGUGCUGACACCUGGCCGUGUCCGUCUCUUGCUUCACAGAGGAACUCCUUGCUUCCGUGGAUAUGGAAGGCGUAAUGGUGAACGUAGGAGAAAGUCUGUGCGUGGAUGCAUUGUGAGCCAAGACCUUUCUGUUUUGAACUUGGUAAUUGUGAAGAAGGGAGAGAAUGAUCUCCCUGGAUUGACCGACACUGAGAAGCCAAGAAUGAGGGGACCCAAGAGAGCAUCAAAGAUCCGCAAGCUGUUUAAUCUCUCAAAGGAGGAUGAUGUUAGAAAGUAUGUUAACACUUACCGGAGAACAUUCACAACAAAAGCUGGAAAGGAAGUUAGUAAAGCACCUAAGAUUCAGAGGCUGGUUACUCCAUUGACUUUGCAAAGGAAGCGCGCCAGAAUUGCCGACAAAAAGAAAAGAAUUGUCAAGGCCAAGGCUGAGGCUGCUGAGUACCAGAAGCUACUUGCCUCAAGAUUGAAGGAGCAGAGGGAUAGACGUAGUGAAAGCUUGGCAAAGAAGAGAUCCAGGCUCUCUACUGCUUCUAAACCAUCAAUUGCAGCUUAGAUCUUGUGUUUUCUCUGCGAUUGAGUUUUGUAGUGAAGAUGAUAUGUCACUGAGUUUUCAUUUGUAUCUCUAAAUAUUGAGGGGUUUCAUUUGAUGGUCACAGGAGUGCUUGAACACUAAUUUCUUUGAAGUACUCCAGCCAUCAGGACACUUUCUCUAUACUUUUCUGGGAAUAUUAUUGAAUUUUGCAUUGCUAA